GGGAAGACCGAAGGAAAUGAGACAACCUUUUCCUCCCACUGACUCGCGCUUCUCCAGCGGCUGCGGGGCUCACUACCGCUGCCCGUGAGCGCCCAGGCCGAGACCCAGCGUCCCGCGCCCGCCUCGUCGUGUCUCCCCGGGGAUUUCUUUCCGAGGCGCCAGUGCCGGCCCAAACCCUGGCCACAGCUUUGUCGCGUCCUCCCCUUAGUGAUCGGCUCCUGGUCCCCGAGCAAGGACCCCGGAAGUGCGCGUCGGUGGCUCUGGCGAAGCUCCAGACUUUUCCCGAACUCCCUCCCAGCUAGUCCUGGCGCACUAACCCCUUCAGGCUGUGUUCACGCCGCUAGCGCUCCGACCGAAGCCCGAGCCUCAGCUCCCAAUCCCCGCCCUCCCCGGCGGCUGAGCAGACAAGCCUGUCGGGCUGGCACAGUCUAUUUUGUGAAGCAUCAAGCACAGAAAAGAAGACUCCUGCUGCUGGAAGUUGAUAGCAAGUAACAUCCAUGACAGUAAGAAUGCAAGAUCAAGUCUUGUCCUAGAAACAAUGCCCAUAAUGGAAAAAAAAAAAAGAAAGCAGAAGAGAAAUGUAAGUCCAACCAGGCCCAGCCUAGCCCAGCCCAAGGAAGGUGGGAGUCAAGGAGAAGAAACUAAAAGAGAAGAGCCUUGGACCACAACAUUCUCCACAAGCUCUCCUACACUCUCUCCACCCAACCCCACCUUCCUGUUGGGCAUCGGACCUCCCUAUUGGCUAUCUCAUACCUUUCAACUGCCUGCCUUGUGACAUCAUUCUCCUACCAAACCUACUACCACUUGAUAGAGUCUUCGGGUUUCCGUGGAGUUGACUGUAAAUAAAUUUGGAUCAUCACAAGUGACCAGUGACAAGUGACCAGUAAGCAGUGACCUUUGUACUGGACACACGUGCCGUUCAGCUGCAGCCACUCAGACAGCCUCUGGUGUUUUCACCUCAUCCCUUGUAUCUGCAGUUGAUGUUUCCUCUUCUUCUCUGACCAUAUCAGAAAAUUUCCAAAAUCCAUCUGUACUUGGAACUCUAAGUUCUCUGCAGCACUCUCUUCCUGUGGUGAACAAUGUAGCUUCCCUAACAGGAAGUGUCUGCAACUUCUCCAGGGUCUCUGCUCCUGCCGUCAGUUCGGCAUCAGCUAUGGCUACCUCUUUCCAGACACUCAUGGGUAGUGCCGACCUUCACCAACAUUCUAGCACGACUAUGUUAUCUGGAGUUACUGACCAGAGCCAGAUCCCGAAUUCAGCUGCUUCCUAUCCAGGUGUUUUUGAGUGGGGCAUCACAGAAAGCACUGAAAAGAAUUCUUCUUCACUCAGAGACUUUACUCUGGCACUCACUGACCAGCACACAACUGCUUCCUCCGUGUUUAUGGCAGCCCAUAUGAUAAAACUACAGACACCAAUAACAUGGUCCCUCUAUAUCCAUCACCUUCUGCCAGCCUUGCUCAGGGAACAUCAUCUCAGAUUGCAAAUCAGGGACACAGCCUGUCACUUCCCUACCAGGAAGGAAGCCAGGUAUAUUACUAUAACCAAGGCACACUGGGGUCUUUACUGUAUUGAGAACUUGGCUCCUGCCUGCAAUCCUAUGGCUCUGUGUCAUACACAGGAAGUAGGGCCUCUGUGCAACCAGAAAUGGUCAUGGUACUAAAGGAGAUUUAGCCCACAAAUAUCUUACCACCCGCUUCCACCUCAGGAAUCUACUACCCUGUGUCUGCUCAACCCAUCACAGAAACAAGUUUUCAGGGUGAGUACAAACAGCAAGAAAGUUGAACAAUGGGGUCAGCAUUCAAAAAUGGGAUCAAAUCUACAGCUGGGAAGUGGUGUAUAGACAGGUAAAAUUUAGAUCCUGAGCCUUUAAUAACCACUAUCUUCGUUCAGGGCUCUCUGUUUUUAGACUAUAUAAGAACACCAAGGGCUUCGUGGUGGCACAGUGGUUAAGAAUCUGCCUGCCAAUGCAGGGGACACGGGUUCGAGCCCUGGUCUGGGAAGAUCCCACAUGCCGCGGAGCAACUAAGCCCAUGUGCCACAACUACUGAGACUGCAUUCUAGAGCCCAUGAGCCACAACUACUGAGGCCCACGCACCUAGAUCCCAUGCUCCACAACAAGAGAAGCCACCGCAAUGAGAAGCCCGCACACCGCAACCAAGAGUAGCCCCCGCUAGCCGCCACUAGAGAAAGCCCAUGCACAGCAAUGAAGACCCAGUGCAGCCAAAAAAGUACAUACAUAAAUAAGUUCAAAAAAUAAAUAGAUAAAAGUAAAUAUAAAAAAGAACACCUAAUGCAGGGGGAAGGUGGGAGGGACACUGCAAAGGUCAUCUAUGCUACAUGUACAAGAACCCCGAGAGCAUACCAAUAGGUACCACAUUUUUCACUGCUGUAGCCGAUCAUUCCGCCUGUACUACCACACUGUAUCACUGCCUUCCCUGAUCUACUGCUAGAGUCUCUUUGGAAGGUGUUUCAGAACUCUUUUUAUGAUGGUGCCAGUUUAACUGUCCUCACUUCCUUAAUAUAUGCCAGGAUUUAAGACGUUAGGGUCCGAGAUCCUGUCCAGAGCGAGCAGGCCAAGACUCUGUCUUUGUUUAUCUAUUUCAUCAGGAAGGGCUCUACUCCCUCUCCUAGUUCAUGGUGUGAAGAGUUCUUCGCCUCUCAGGAAAGUGGGGAGAAUUGAACGGACUCUAUAUGAGAAUGCUAGGCUUUGUAAAACAUUUCAUUUUUUAAAAAUAACACUCAUUUUUUAAUUGACUUAUAACAACCCUAUGAAAUACAAAGAAAGCCAAGAAUCAGUGACAUGAAAUGAUCACCAGUAAGAAUUACAACAGUCACCGAUUAUCUCAUAGCAUAGGACACUGUCCAUGAUCCUUAAGAAGAGUUAGUAGAAAUGCCUUGCCCAUCUUGCCCCCAAACACCAUGUACCUUGAAAGGUACAUGACUGCUGUGUUGGUGUUUAGGGGGAGCAUCUCACUUACCAGGGACUGACUUCUACCUUGAUUCCUUGGAACGGAUGGAGACUUCCCUGGUGAUGAAAAACUCCCAGGGAUUGCAACCUUCAAGCCAGAUAUCUUGUGUGACACAAACUCAAGAACUCCCCAAGUCCUGCAGGGGCAGAAAUAUUCAGACACUUGAGAGUAACCCACCACCUGAACUUGGGGACAUUUCAGGGACAGCUCCAGUCCAGAGUGCCAGUAGUCUCCUGGCCCUGCCUCCAGCUUCAAACCAGGGACAAAUAGAGAGUAAGAACUUGGAAGAUAUUAAAACCAAGCUUUCGAAGCCUCUAGAUGCCUACCAGAUCCCAAGAGAAAACGAAGAGCCUCCACUACUCCCUUCAGAAAUCCCUGAUAUUCACCAGCUCCCGGGCUGCGCUGACCCUGUCAGCCAAGAGGAGCAGCCUGGUUCUGAAAAUGCUGAUCUGGGAAAGAACAGCCUGAGUCUUGAGAACCGAGGGACACUUGAAAAUGGGAUGGAAUCUAGCAGUGGUUUUGCAGACAUUACUGCACUGGUGGAGGAUAUUCACCUUCCCCAGCUCUUUAAUUCUUUGAAAGAUCUUGAUCAAUCCAAAGGUCCCAACGUGAUCAAAGCCAAAGACACCAGAGCCAUUAAGGUGAAUCAGGUGCAGGAAAAGCCAAGUGUCAUAAAGGUUCCCUCUGAUCAACCCAGGAAGAACAAACAUAAAACGUCUGAGCCUAUCAGUGGUGCUCCCAAGGCCAAAAUCCAGCCAAAGAAUCCGGAGUGCCUGUUAGGGGGAGAAGUGGUUCUAUGCAAUGCUGCAGUCAGUGACAGGGCUCCUGUGAACACGGCCAAGCAUUCUAAAGGCCAACCUCAGAAAGCUGCAUCCAGAAAGAUCAGCAAAGCUAAGAGCCACGGGCAGGAAAGGACCACAAGGACCAGAGAAAGAAAGAAGGCUGAAGAGAAUAAGCAGUCAGGGAACAAAGUCAAGGCAGAAGAGAAGCCAACAAUUCCCCAGACGAAGCAAAAGGAACACCAAACUGACCUUAUCCAAGAGAGCUUUAAAAAGCCUCGAACCUCCCUAGGCAUGUGCAUGCUGGAGUCUGGGAAGGUUUUUCAUGCACUGCGAGAGAAGAAUGAUAAGAAAACUGGGCUCUCUUCCUGUCAGGUCUUGGGAAAUUCAAGCAACCCUAAAGACCCCCAGCCACCCCCAGCUAUCCAGCCAUGGUGGUGUACCCCACGUGAGGGUAAGAGUCCUGAGAAAACUCAAGUCGAAGCCCAGAAACCAGACAGCAGUGCUGAAAAAGAGUGUCCAUUUCCAUUCCAGUAUGAGCUGCCUCCUCCGGGGAAGGUCAAGUUGAUACCUCUGCCUUUUUCUGCCUGGGACAAGCCUCAAGCUCGACCUGCUCCUCGGAGGCCACAGUCUCUGGCCUCACAUCGGCCUGUUGUGGCGGACCAUGCCCAGGCUGCUUCUACUAACUCAGCUCAACCUGCUGCAGCCAGUUCAUCCCAGCCAGCUCCUGCCUCUUUGCCAGGUCCUGCCAAAGCAGCUCAGCCAACUGACCAACCCAACCCAACCAGGUUGGACUGACCGUACCCAGCCUAGUGUCCAUCAUUCUGCUGCUCCUAGGCCUGCACCCUACAAAACUUCAUCUUGCACUUCUCUCCAGCAGGAGCCUGUUCCCCCUGCUGUGACUAAGCGCCAGUCCCCACCCAAGCUCCAAACCCCAUUUCUACUCCAAGACUUCAGCAAGCAAUGAAUUCUAUGGAGGGAACCCAAUGUUCCUGAGCCAGUCAUGUCAAAGCCCAUCGAACAAAAGCAGAAGUCAGAGUGGAAGGCCACGAAGAGGCGGGCUCUACAGGAACGUGAGAAGCCUGCCAAAUACACCUCUUUGGGGAAACUGCAAUUUUUCAUUGAGAGAAAAAGAAAUGGAAAUUGCUGACAACUACGGAUAUUUAAAGUAAGAGCUGGUAGGAUUGUUUGUGCCACCUUGGGUACCAGCUGUUCUUCCAUAUAUAGAUAAGAUAGGUAUAAAGUUCUCUAUUUACUUUGAUAUAUUUUAAAACAAUAAAACUGAAUAAAUAAAUGUAAUAGAAUUAAUA